CCGAGGGUUAGUCGCGUGCAUCGACUCGAGCGUAGGUAUGGCAAGGUGAGUGGCGCUCUCUUUGCUAUCAAUUCCUCACAAGUGCUUCCAUCAUUUCUUGUGCUACCAUACAACACGAUGCCCGUCUUUCCUAGCUUACAGCAAGAUAUCCUCUUGCCUCGCGAUAUCACGACCUGGGAAUGGCUGUUUGAGAGCACUACAUACUCACCAGUCUUGCGAUUUCCGAAAGAACAACAAGCAGGCUUCACCGACGCGAUCUCGAAAGAGCGAUUGAGCUGGCAAGAUGUCAAGGACACCGCGACCUGGUUGUCGACUGCACUGGUUAAGAAGUAUGGCUUGAAAGAAGGCGAGACAGUAUCCCUCUUCUCAGCAAACACAAUAUGGUACCCAGUUGCGAUGCACGCUACGCUGCGCGUGGGCGGCAAAGUGAGCGGUGCCAGUCCAGCGUACAAUGAGGAGGAAAUGACCUAUGCUCUGCAAAAGGCGGACGCGAAGUUCCUCAUGACACACAAGGACAGCAUGGAGGUCGCGAUCAAGAGCGCGAAGAAUGCAGGCGUGCCCAAGGAGAACAUCUUCCUAUUGGAGGGUGAGAUGGAUGGGUUCAAAAACAUCAAGACGUUGAUCCAGGAGGGCAAACAGCUCGGCGAACCAGUACCAGUCUGGCGCAUACCGGCCGGGAAGACCAACUUCGAUAUUUGCGGAUUCUUGUCCUUCUCAUCGGGAACAACGGGGUUGCCAAAGGCUGUGAUGAUCGCUCAUCAGAAUGUUAUUGCUCAAUGUCUCCAAGUCAUGAGCAUCACACCAAGCGACCACAAGCGCGUACUGGCAGUUCUUCCGUCUUUCCACAUCACUGGCCUCGUACACGUUCUUCACCUGCCACUCCUCAUCAAUGCAGAGGUCUUCUUCUUACCAGCCUUUACAAUGGAAGCCAUGCUCAACACCGUCACCGAAUACAAGAUCCCAGAACUCCUUCUCGUCCCUCCGAUCCUCAUCAGAAUGGUUCGCGACCCAAUCGUGAAGAAGUACGACCUCAGCUGCAUCCAGCGCUUCUCCUCCGGCGCCGCUCCCCUCAGCGAAGAAAUUCUCGUCCUGCUCAAAAAGCAGUUCCCGCAAGCCGGCUUCAAGCAAGGCUACGGCAUGACGGAAAGCUGCAGCUGUAUCACCGCACAUCCUCCCUGGUACUACGACUUUAAGUACGCUCACACAGUCGGCACUAUUUGCGCCAGCACAACAGUCAAAAUUGUCAAAGAAGACGGCACAGAAUGCGACAUCGGCGAACCUGGCGAAAUUUGUGCCAAAGGACCACAAAUCGUCAUGGGCUAUCUGAACAAUGACAAAGCUACUAAGGAGACCUUCGAUGAACAAGGAUACUUGCAUACUGGCGACCAAGGCAAAAUCGACGAGAAUGGUCUCAUCACUAUCGUCGACCGCAUCAAGGAACUCAUCAAAGUUAAAGGCAUUGGUGUCGCGCCUGCCGAGCUCGAAGAUUUGCUCCUCGGCCACGACAAAGUCGAAGAUGUCGCCGUGCUGGGUAUCCAAGACGACUACUCCGGCGAAGUUCCAAAGGCAUAUAUUGUGCCACAAAGCGGAUCGACCGCCAGCCAGGAACUGGGACGAGAGCUGUUGAAGUAUGUGAAAGAUAACAAGGUGAGGUACAAGGCUGUGAAAGAAAUCGAAUUCAUCGAAGCCAUUCCAAAGAGUGCUUCUGGAAAAAUUCUGCGAAGAAUCCUGAGAGAUCAGGCGAAGAAGGGAGCACAAGGUGUCGUGGUUCGAGAAGAGAGACCGAAGAUCUGA